UUGACAAAUCAUAAAUACUAAACAAUCCGCAGGUGUGGCUAGUAAUAUUUAAAAAGGAUGGAAUUUUAAAUAUAAACUGCAUUUAUAAAUGAAUCAAUAUAUGUAACUAAUAAUAAUAUCACGAUAUCAUUAGUGAAAUGCUGUGAUGUAAUCAAAACAUAUUUUAAAUUUCUUAUUCGAAGUUGAAAGUUGUAGUUACUUUUGGGCGUCAACCGUUUUGAGUAUUGAAACAAACAUGUACGGACGAAAAACGCCUUCAACAUAUCGUUCUACCCCUUCGGUGUAUUCUCAUUACACUGGAAAAUCGUCAACGAACUUACGGUCGUCAAAAUCAGUUAGAUCAUUAAGAGUACCGUGGUAUCAAAAACCAAUACUACAUGAUGCGUUUGUGCUGGACCUGCAGAGGGGAUCAUUGCUAACAGCCAGUAUUUCCGUAUUCAUAGCCCUCUUCACAUUUACACAAAGUAUCUUUGAUUUGUACUGUAUGAUGCUGGCAACCCCUGGGUCAUCUCAUUCUGGUCACUAUGUGAUGAGCUUUCAAUUUGUCUAUGUUGGCAGUGCACCAGUUCGUAAUGUCCUCAUUGUCUUCUCCCUCUUUUCUUGGAUUGGAUCUAUAGCAGUUCUAGUAACGAGCAUCAUAUUGAUAGUAGCAUUGAGAAAGGAAUACGAAAAGCGUAUUGUUCCAUGGCUCUACACAUUCGGCGUUUUCAUACUUUUCCGCACCGUGGCAUUCAUAUUCGCUUCAAUAGUCAACGAUAUGAUAUUCGCUUAUAAUAUAAUGAUGUGCCUGUUCUGGAUUGUGUUCUCUGUGGUCGGCGUCUAUGGUUGGCUGUUGGUGUACAGUUUGUACUUGGAGUUGGCCGAUUUGACCAAAUUGGAGGACUUGGCACAUUUAAGGAUGGGUACAAUGGCAUCACUGAACGCCUCGCUCGCUGGAUCUCGUCCCACCACGCCGCACUCCACUGUAUCCACCAUGCCGGCGUCACAGAUAUGACCCGUCAGUGACGAGGUGGUACCUCUCGCUGAUACAAGCCUCGAGACACCCGUGUGAAUAAACAUUCAGUUUUAAAUAGUGCAGUGAUCAGUGCUAAUUAUAAAUAUGACCACCUACCACUUGCCAGCAACAACUGUUGGUGAUCAUCUUCAAUGUAACGAAAUGUAAGUUAAUGCUUUAAUAGUUUAAAGAGCUCAAUACUAUGCAAUUGAAGUAUUUUAAUUGGUUUAAUGAUUUAACAAUUGA